AUGCCACGGUCUUACAAAAGAAAAUCAGCAAGAGGAUCAUACGGCGAAGAGUCGCUUCGUCAGGCAUUAGCGGCCAUUCAUGAUGGAACACCAGUGAAAACAGCUGCACGGCAGUACGGUAUUCCUCAACGAACACUAAGACGACACCGGGAUAAGAAAGUAUUACAGCCGGAAAAAUUGAAAUUGGGACGAUUCGAAUUGGAUAUUCCCAUUCAAUAUGAAAAAGAAUUGGUGUCCCUAAUUCAAAAUAUGGAAAAGGCUUUAUUUGGUCUAAGCAUUAUGGAUGUGCGAAAAUUGGCAUAUGAUUUUGCUGAGAAAAUAGACCUGGAGCAUCGAUUUAGUAAUGAGACAAAAAUGGCAGGAGUAGAUUGGAUACACGGUUUUUUAAGGAGAAAUAACCAACUGUCAAUAAGACAGCCUGAGGCAACAAAUAUCUCACGAGCAGUCGGUUUUAAUCAGGAGAAGAACGUCGAUGAAACGGGUAUUUCAACAGUGCAAAAACCAGUAAAAGUGGUUGCGACUAAAGGCACUAGACUUGUUGGUCGUAUGACAAGCGGGGAACGGGGUCAAACUACAACAGUAAUGUGUGCUUUCAAUGCAGCUGGGAUGUACAUACCUCCAAUGUUUAUUUUUCCACGGAAGCUUAUGGUUGACUCUUUGAUGAAUGAGGCACCACCAGAAGAUUUUUUUGCAUCAAAGCUAACAGAUGAACCCUUACCGAAUACAGUCACUUUAGCUCAACAAACACCUGAAUCUGUGAAACCUGCACAGGAUGUUGAUCAUGCAAAAAAAGAUCAUAAAACGACACUGUUGAAGAUCAUGGGUCAAAUUAAAAUUGACAACGUGAGAAUUAGAAAACGAAAAUCAGAAAAAGCUGCCCUUUUGACAUCUAGUCCUUACAAAAAUUUACUCGAAAAAAGGGAAAAUUCAAAAACUAUGUCAAAACGACAACUGAUAAAAGGUAGCGGUAAAGAAAAAAAGAAAAAAAUUGAUUGUGAACCAUGUAAUACUUGUCAGUUGAAAUAUUGUGAUGACGUAACGGGUCGAAACUGGAUUCAAUGUCAGUCUCUAACAUGCUCACAGUGGUACCACAAUGAAUGCCAAGGACUUGAUGAGAACUAUAAUGAACAAUUUAUAUGCAUUGAUUGUGAAAAUUCUGAUUCAGAUUAA